AUGCACACGCGCUAUCAUUCUAGUAAACUUAAGAUAGUAACUACCUUCCAUCGACCAAAGUUGGAUCCUUCGCCUUCAAGCUAUGCACAAGUGAAUCGUGUACAACGGCAGGAUGCUGAGCAAUUACUAGAAGAGUAUUCUAAAAUCAUUCGGUGGCGAAAUAAUGGUAAAGAAAACGUGUUAGAUAUAGGUUGCGGCCCGGGCGACAUAACAAUCGAUUUCGUACUACCGCGUAUGUCAAGACCCAUUGGAAAACUAGUUGGAGUGGACGUUUCGGAAAAAAUGAUUAAAUAUGCCAAAAGGUUGUACGAGUGUGAAGAUGUUCAUUUUCAAACAUUAGAUAUUGAGAAUGGUGAUAUUGACUUGUUUCUGAAGGACUAUCCAGAAGGGUUCGACCAUAUUACUUCGUUUUAUUGUUUACAGUGGGUGCGUGAUCAGAAGAAGGGCAUGAAAAAUAUCUAUAAUCUCCUUAAACCCGCCGGCGAUUGUUUCUUCGCAUACCCAGUUAAGCAUGCAGUAUUUGAAAUAUAUGAGGAAUUAGCCAAAAUUCCCAGGUGGAAUACUUUUAUGGCGAGCAAUUGUGAUUUUUUUGCCUCCUUCAUCAACCAAGAUAAUGCAGCGGAUACAAUUUACAAAUUUCUCAAACUGACCGGGUUUAGAUAUUAUAACGUAGAAAUGGUCGAUAAAAGGAUGACUUAUACCGGACUAGAUAACAUUUUAGGUUUCAUCACAACGAUCAACCCAAUCAUCCCAAAAAUUAAUAACAACGAGCGAACGGAAUAUUUAAAGGACUUUCUUAAGAUUGCUGCAGAACUGAAUGUAUAUCGAGAAGCUAGAAAUCCUAGUGAAAGUGAAUUUGCAACGCCAUAUCAACUUGUUGUAGCAUAUGCCGUAAAAUAA